GUGACGGCACGGCCGGCGCUACCUCUGCCGUCCAUAGGGACACAUUCAUGGAUGGCUACGUCACUGCGCGGCCUGGACGCUGGGCCUGGAUCCUUGAGGCGCUGGAUCCUAACCUGCUUUGCAGCCCUCCUGUUGAAGCCUCCGCGGCCAAACUUAGGUUAUAAUGAGAACCACACGGAACCAGUUUGUGGCACACCCUGGUGGCCAGACAGCUUGGAAGAGAGCCACCAUUGGCCCUGGGAAGUGAGCCUUCAGACAGAAAAUGAGCAUGUGUGUGGAGGAGCCCUCAUUGAUCGAAGCUGGGUGGUGUCCGCGGCUCACUGCAUCCAGAGCAACAAAGAAUACUCCGUGAUGCUGGGUAGCAGCACGCUCCACCCCAACAGCCCCUCCUGGGCCCUGAAGAUCCCCGUGGGUGACAUCAUUAUGCAUCCCAGGUACUGGGGCCGGAACUUCAUCAGAAGCGAUGUUGCCCUUCUCUGUCUUGAAACCCCAGUCGCUUUCAACAAGUACGUGCAGCCCAUCUGCCUUCCAGAGCACAACUUCAACCUGAAGGUGGGGACGAAAUGCUGGGUGACCGGCUGGGGCCAUGUUAAGCCGCACCCUUCAGCCAAGUUGACACUGACUCCAGAGCUUUGGGAGGCUGCGGUAUUCAUUAUAGACAACAAGAACUGUGACAGUAUUCUCCACAAGAAGACCUUCUAUCCCCGAGGUAUCCCCCUUAUCCGGAAGAACAUGAUCUGUACCACCAAUUAUGGGGAGGACUUGUGCUACGGAGACCCUGGGGGGCCAUUGGCUUGUGAAAUCGAUGGCAGAUGGAUUCUGGCUGGGAUAUUCUCAUGGGAGAAGGCCUGCGCCAGAGUACCGAAUCUAAGCGUAUACACCCGCAUCACCAAAUAUACCAUAUGGAUCAAGCAGCAAGUGAGCCGUGGGGCGCUGCCGGGCCCCCGCAGGACCUCCUGGCUUCUUUUCCUGCCCUGGCUGCUGCAGCUCCCAGUGAGCCCCUGACGUCCCCACCCCUUCCUCUUCCUGGUUUGCCUCUGCUGAAUGGCACCACGUAGAUGACAGAGCACGGUGGCAUGCCCGCAUGCCACAGGAGUCAGGUGGAAAUGGAAUGGUCCCUGGAGAAUUGGAUCCUGCUUUGGCAUCCUCGCAGGGAGGGCUGUGGGGGUGACUAGGCCUUGCGUGACUGACCAGGGGAGGGGGAUAGCUCAGGAGCAGCAGUUUGGAGUUUAAGACCAAGAGCAGAGAUUAAAUUUGUGUGAGCAUG